GGCGCUGUUUUCCCCCACUUUUGGACCUAAGAUGUUAGUGUGUAUUGCGCGGUUAUGCAUUUACCGAACUGGCCUGGAAGCGUCAGUUUGACCGAUCUCCAGGCCAUUGCACAACGGAGUGGUGGCGAACUUAGCAAGUAUACUGCCGAGCUGGUGGAAGUAUUGUAAACCAGCAUAAUGACAGAACAAAAUGAGACUUCUGAAGACCAAAACUUGCUGCUCUUUCAUGAUGUUUAUGAUUCUCCUGCUAAAAGUGAUGCCAGUUCUGUGGAUAUAUAUGAUGAUUUGGAUAUGUCAGCCUUCGCAGAAAACCCUUUAGAAUGUUCCACUCCUCCCAAGGAUUGCUUGGACCUGUAUGAAGAGCUUCUAACAGAAGAAGGGAAUGCUAAAGAAGCCUCAUUCAAAGAUUUAAAUGCAGACUAUGCGAAAAGCCAGACAAAAUUGAAAGAACUGAUAACAAAACUCAAGGAGAUGCAGUCUCAGAAUGCAAGCUUACAAAAUGAAAAUCAAUGUCUAAAAAAGAACAUUUCUGCUCUCAUCAAGACUGCAAGAGUAGAAAUUACUCGCAAAGAUGAGGAAAUCGACAGACUUCAGAGGUCUACUAAAUUUCAAAAUCGAAUGCCAAAUACACCAUUAUUGAAUAGACCUAAAACUGACCCACGUGAAACAAAAUCUGUAGAUACGGGAGCAAGCAAUGUAGAAACUACUGGGAAAUCUGAUCCGAAACUCCAAGAUAAGCUCAAAAGCACAACAUGUAAUGUGACUCCAAGAAAUAUGCCAGAAAAAGAAACACAUUUGGACUCUCAAGAAAUGAGUUUGAAAAUACCAUAUGUUAAGUUGUUAAAUGAAAAUCUAAACGUUAAUUUGCGGACACAAGUUUCAGAGAGCAAGUCUGAGGCAGAGGAGAAGAAAAUAAGGAAAGAAAAGGAAAUAUAUCAUAAAGACAACAUUCGAAAAGAUAGGAAAGAAGAGCACAAGAAUAGUAGUGCAGCAAAUGAAAAAAUAAAUGCUCAAUCAAAAUCAAAGUCUUAUGGGCCUACUUCAAAUCCAAGAAGUCAAGGAUGUCAAGAAAGCACAAACGCAAAAUCUGUAAGUUACGAAGUGGACAGCCGAAAACAUUGUACUUGGGAUAAACAUAGUGCUACAAAAGAAAGAGUGCAGUUGAGAGAUGAAAACCGUUCAAAGGAUAAAUCACUAAAAGCAAGUCAACGGUCCCCAUGCAAAAGGGAAUCCAUUGGGUAUGAAAAUUCCAAAAAGAUAGAACUCAGACACAGAACAGACGAAAGGGAAGAAAAUGAACUAAGACGGUCAAAAAGAAAAAACCUUUCUUACAUACAUAAUGAAAGUGUUGAUAAAUCUGCUAAAAGUGGCAUUAAUGAAAAGCAAAGAAAUGUUGACAUAGUUAGAAGAGAAAAACGGCCUUCUAAUUACAGCAAAGAUUUACGGUCUGGUUCUUCUGGCAGUAAAGAAGAAAAAACACCAACAUCAAGAAAUGAAGAGAACGAUAGGAAACUGCACAAGAGUGCCCGAUCUGAGAGGGACAAAAAAAAAGAUGAAAGGAAAAGCUUUCACGACAACAAAGAUGGAAAUAAACAUGCUAAAAAUGAUAGAAGGGAGCAUAAGGAAUACAGUGAAAGAGAAAAAAAGACAGUGUCGCCUUUAAAACAAGGUAGAUCCACAAAUAGAACAGAGGAGCAAUUUAUACGUACAGAAAGCAGAAAGAAAAUUAGUAAAAACAAAGAUAUAACUGAUCAGAAUGAAGAUACCUCCAACAAAGAUUUAAAGCUAUCUUUUAUGGAAACAUUAAACCUGACUCUUUCUCCUAUGAAGAACCAACCUGGUUGUGAAUCGGAUGAAAGAAUGGAUAAAGUUCCAGUAUUGGUGGAAUGUUGUGUUAGUGCUGUCAGUGAAGCAGGAAAUAAAACAGACACUUCUCCCCAAGCUCAUGUUCAAAUUUCUUCUAUAGAGCAAGAGAAAUCAUUACCAACUCAUUCAGACAAUACUAAACAAACAGAUACAGUAGCAGAUGCAGUAGCAUUAGACAAAGCUACACCACCUGACUUGGGUGAUAUGAAACAAACUGAUUUAACGGUGAAUGCAAACUUGUCGGAGAAAGGAACACUUACAAACACAUUUCAGAAACUGGUUUCUAUUAAUUCACAACAUGCGUCUGAAGAUGUUUUGGGUACACCUGCUGUGUGUCUGCUGGAAAGCAAGUUAACUGGAAACCCUGAAACCAAUGCACCACUAUUGAAAACCAUUCUACCUAUUGCAGACCUAGAGUCUGUCUCAAAUGAUAGUUUUGAAACCGAUGAAAUGGAGACACGUAGUGCUGUAGAUAUGUCAGACGCAAUAGAAUUGGAUUCGUUUAUAGAAAUUGACAGGUGCAGUGGUAGUGAAAGUUCUGCACCAAAUUCAGAUGACAAUAACAAUGUCCAGAAUGAGCCUUGUCCAGCUGGUGCUAACCUUCCAGAUGCAAGCAGUCAGAAACCAAAUAUUAAUGAAACCACAAAAGGUACAUUUGAUGCAUCAAAUAUUGAUGAUGUAGGAAUAAGUACAAAAGAAUUUGAAACUAAGCAGUGUUUCCAUGAUGAUGAAGGCUCUGUUAUGAGUAUUGACUUAAAUUUUAUCAGAUGUAUACCAAAUGUCAUCAGUCCACUUAAAAGCCCAGUGCGGCCUUUAACAAAACCAGGCACAAAUGAGUGCACAGCAAAGGCUUCCGUAGUGAGAGUUUUAAACAAAGAGAUUUCAUCGAACAACAGUACAGACAGUUGCUGUGUAUCGGUAUCAGAAGAGUUAAAUAAGGAAAAUUGUCAUCCCGAAGCAAAGACCGAAUUAAACUCUAAAAAGGAUUCUUGUCCACAGUUGGCUAUAUAUGAAGUGGAAGAAGGGGAAAUUGUAAGUGAUAAUGAGGAAGACACAGAACCUUCAGAACCACCUAAUUUGAUUAAAAAUACUGCACAACAAUAUGCUGUAGAACAAGAAAAACGCUACACGAGUCCAAGAAAACAGAAAAAACAAAUUGGAUCUUUGGUGAAACCAAAAAGGGCAAUUUCACCACCAAGACAAGGUGCUUCAAAGUGUAAGAAAAUAAAAAACGACAAAGCAUUAAAAUUAACAAAUCUCAGUUCUAAAAAGCCCAACACUGACUCAUGCCUUGAAGGCAUUUUGAAUAUUGUACAACCAUCCACAAUACAGGACAUUUUUCAGAUGUUAAGGGUCAUUAGAAAGCAUAUAAGGAAAAAAUAUAUGAAAUUUAAAAUACAGUUUUCUGUCCGUCAAUUUCACACAGUAAUCGAAAAGGCAAAUUUAUACUUUUUAACACUGGUUAAGACUAUUGAUUGGUCGCAAGUGUGUUCCUCAUCAGAUAGUUUGCAAAAAAAUCUUUGCAAGUGCAUAGACUCAAAAUUAAAGUGGCUGAAAAAAAAUGCAAUUGUAGAUCGAAUUUUUGAACAACGCUUGAUAGACAUGAAAAAGAAGCUGUGGAAAUUUGUGGAGGACCAACUUGACUCACUGUUCGAUAAACUUAAAACAAUGCUUACAAAACUGUGUAAUAAAGCUAAAUCUGAGUGCAACAUAGAUGAAACCAAUCUAAAAAAAAAUGCUGCUGUACAUAUUGGAAAAUCAUCUCGUGUCAAAAGCUGCAAAAAGAGCAGAUCUAUAUCUAAAUUCUCCACUCCUAAAUCAUGUGUGAAAACAGCAAAGCCUGUUAUGCCAUGUGAAACGCAUGUUUCUAGUGAUAAAAUUCAUAUUGUUAAAAAGCUCAGCUGUUUAAAGGAAGGUGGAAAUGAAUCCGCAGCAAAUGGGAAUGACUCGUUGAAGAACAUUGAAGUUGGUAUGAACACAAGCCCAGAGUCUGAAAUUUCUGGCAAGAUUGGUUCUGAAAGUCUGAAAUGCCAUACAGAUUCUUCAAGCUUGUCUUUUAAUUUGGUGAAUGAUGAUCAUAUGGGUGAAAUAUUUAAAAGCUUGCUUCAUAUUUCAGAUCCUUUAGAUAAAAUCAAGCCACUAGAAGAAAAUCUGUGGAUUUGCAAAACUCCUGAAAAACCAAACCCCAGUAAAAAAUGUGAGGGUGGUAAUUUCUUAACGGAGGAUACUACUCCGAUUAAAGAGUCAGAGCAGAGGUCGUCUUUAUGGCUUCUUUCACCUGAGAACUCGGGUUCAUUUUCCAGACUUGACACCUUACCCAAUCCUGAUGUUCUUGAUGAAAGUUGCAUGCUAGAGAUCCCUACCUGUACUUCUUACAGCAAGAGCAACAUCUUAAGCUCAGAAGAAAACACACGGUCCUAUUCUUCAAUUCUGGUGGAAGAUCUUGCGGUGUCUCUCACUGUGCCAUCUCCUUUAAAAUCUGAUUCUCAUCUGAGUUUUCUACGACCAGACGCUGAAUAUAUUUUAGAAGAAGUUGUUGUUACAUGUAAUAGUGAAGAUGCUAUCAUUGAGGGAGAGGAUGCCACAGAGCAGGAUAUUCAUUUAACUUUGGACUCCGACAACUCGAGCAGCUGCUCACUGAUGGACCCAAAUGAGACUUCAAGUUUUCAGUACCACCCGAGUGAACCCAUGCAAGCCGUUAUAAUGGAGAAAUCCAAUGAUCAUUUCAUUGUGAAGAUAAGACGUGCAGUGUCUACAGCCUCUCCUACCUCAGAAUUCUCAAUAAGUGAAGAUAUUGCUGUUGAUGAUGGACACAAAGUACAAACAGAUACAUCUAAUAAAGUUGCUCAGGAUGGUAGCAACCUCACGCAUGGUGAAAAUGAAACUGUUUCUUUCAAUGAACCACAAACUGAGGAUUUGUCCAAAACUACUGACUCCAAAAUAUGUAAGCAGCCUUUGCAAAGUAUAACAUCUGACACCACUGAUGGCUUGCUUAAAUUGCCUGAACCUUUUUGUGACAUUGCACCUCCUGAAACAAUAUCUGACACUAAAGCAGACCUUUCUUGCCAAAAAGAGACAGCUCAAUGUGGUGAAAACAUGGCAAAGCCUACAGAAACCAUAGAGGACACUCACUUGAAAGGCAAAGACCAAUCUCAUUUGAGCAUCACUGUAGUGGACAGAGAAAAAAGUGUAAAAAAAAAUACCAAAAAGAGGAGUAAAACAUUCAAACAUGAGCCCUUGGCAAAGCGGACAAGAACUGAAUGUCUUUUGCUUAAUGAAAAAACUAAAAGAAGGUCAAGAAGAUCGAAUAAGCAAACUCACAAGAGUCUGCUUUUAGCUACAGAAAGGUCUUGUAAAAAGCACAAAAGAUCUGCCAGUGAAGGAGGGGUUCCUGUUUGUGUAUCCUCCAACUCACCUAACAGCUUGUCAGCAAAGAAUAUCAUAAAAAAGAAAGGGGAAGUGGUAGAGUCCUGGACAAGGGAAGAAGAUCGUGCAAUUCUUCUUGAUUGUCAAAAGCAGGGACCAAACGAAAAGACAUUUGUUUCUUUGUCUGCAAAGAUGAAUAAAUAUCCGUAUCAGAUUGAAGAAAGGUUCCGGCAAUUAAUGAAGUUAUUUAAAAAGUGUAGACGCUCUACUAGCUGAGAUAUCUGUACGUGUGCUGUCUUUUGGAAGAAAAUACUGAAGGAGAAAGUCUACUUUUAAAUAUCCAACCAAAUGAAAUAUAUUGCACAGUAAUUUUUUUGCUUUCUGUCCAAACAGCUGUGUUACAGGGUCAUAUGGGUGGCAUCUAGUUUAUUGCUAAGAAUUCUUUAGGUUGUCGGAAGUAGAAUAUUUUUUUAUUUGAUGUUAAUAGUGUCUAAAACACAGACACAUGGUUAAUCAUUAAAGCAUAUAAAUAAAGGAACACAAAUGACAUUGUAUAUA